AUGGAUGUGCUCAACCCCGGACAGGGCAACAACACCACCUUGUCCGAGGGUCCCUUCGGGACACGCGGCAACGCUACUGGCAUCUCCGACGUGACCUUCAGCUACCAAGUGAUCACCUCACUGCUGCUGGGCACGCUCAUUUUCUGCGCGGUGCUGGGCAAUGCGUGCGUGGUGGCCGCCAUCGCCCUGGAGCGCUCCCUGCAAAAUGUGGCCAACUAUCUCAUCGGCUCUUUGGCUGUCACCGACCUCAUGGUGUCGGUGCUGGUGCUGCCCAUGGCUGCGCUCUACCAGGUGCUCAACAAAUGGACUCUGGGGCAGGUCACCUGUGACCUAUUCAUCGCCCUCGACGUGCUGUGUUGCACCUCGUCCAUCCUGCACCUGUGCGCCAUUGCACUGGACAGGUACUGGGCCAUCACGGACCCCAUUGACUACGUGAACAAGAGGACGCCCCGGCGCGCCGCUGCGCUCAUCUCGCUCACUUGGCUUAUUGGCUUCCUUAUCUCCAUCCCGCCCAUGCUGGGUUGGCGCACCCCCGAAGACCGCUCCGACCCCGACGCGUGCACGAUUAGUAAGGACCACGGCUACACUAUCUACUCCACCUUUGGCGCUUUCUACAUCCCGCUGCUGCUCAUGCUGGUUCUCUACGGGCGCAUCUUCCGAGCUGCGCGCUUCCGCAUCCGCAAAACAGUCAAGAAGGUGGAGAAGAAGGGAGCGGACACCCGCUUUGGGGUGUCGGCGGCCCCGCAGCCCAAGAAGAGCGUGAACGGCGAUCCGGGGAGCAGAGAAUGGAGGCAGGGUGUGGAGAACAAGGCAGUGGGGACUCUGUGCACCAACGGCGCGGUGAGGCAGGGUGAGGAUGGCGCCGCCCUGGAGGUGAUUGAAGUGCACAGGGUGGGCAACUCCAAAGAGCACCUGCCGCUGCCCAGCGAGGCGGGUGCUAUCCCUUGCACCCCCGCCUCCUUCGAGAAGAAGAAUGAGCGCAACGCUGAGGCCAAGCGCAAGAUGGCCCUGGCCCGGGAGAGGAAAACGGUGAAGACGUUGGGCAUCAUCAUGGGCACAUUCAUCCUCUGCUGGCUGCCCUUUUUCAUCGUGGCCCUGGUCCUGCCCUUCUGUGAGAGCAGCUGCCACAUGCCCACCCUGCUGGGAGCCAUAAUCAACUGGCUGGGCUACUCCAACUCUCUGCUCAACCCUGUCAUUUACGCCUACUUCAACAAAGACUUCCAAAACGCUUUUAAGAAGAUCAUCAAGUGCAAAUUCUGCCGCCGAUGAUGGUGGAGUAGUCGGCGAGUAGGCCCGCCCCAUCCUCUCUGCCUCCUCCAGUCUUCUUGAAUCAACACUUCUGAUAGCUCGCUAAUUUCCUCUGACUUUCUCCGCUGCUUGGGGUCCCCGCUUCCAGACCUCGUCCCUCCACUUCCGUCGCCCAAUACCCCGCUCGGAGGGAGUGCGCUUUGUGCAAAGAGCCCCAGAGAGAGGUCUGAAGGGGGUGGGAAACUCCCCGCUCCGUGAUAAACGAUCUUGGCUCAGCCUUUGGCCUCAGAAUCAGUUCUGAACUCUGCACUUGCCUCCUCCCUCUUCCGCACCCCAAAUCUUCGCGGCGGAAGUUUAAGCCUAAGCCAUUCAAGGCAAAAAAAAAAAAAAAAAAAAAAUCUACACAGAAAAAUAAACAGUACACGCAGCCACCGCGCCCACUAAACCGCUCCCACAUGAUCGCCCCACAGCUAGAACUUGGAUUUAAGAUUCAGGAAUUUGCUUCAUUCCCGAUUUCCAAACCUGCCCCGCCAUCCUACCCUAGAAACUCACUUUUCCUCCCCAGUUUCAUGCCUAGGUUUGCUAGUCGGGAAAAGCUGGAAGGUCUGUUUUUCCCAGUGACUGUGGUUUUCCUGGGAAUCCCCGCCCCCCCGUGUAGACUUGCAGAGUAUCUCUUCCGCGCACAGCCCCUGCUCUGUCUUCCGGGACUCCAAACAAGUGGCCAGAAGCUGUCUCUUAGAGUGCACUUAUGAAAGGAGCCCCAAGUAUGUCUCUAGAGACUGGGAAAAUGGAAGCAACAAAGAAGAAAGAUUGAAGGCAGGAAGAACUGAAGAUUCUUGUGAAUGAGGGGGUCACUGAAGGAGCGAGGUCUUAAAGAAGGCAAGAGGUUGAAGAAUUGAGAUCUGAGGUGGAGACUUUCUGUGAGACAGGAGAUGAAGGGACACAUAUGAAGAGGUAGAGAGAAUCCAGCUUUGGGAAGAAAGGAGGCUAUUGUAUGAGGAUCAACCUGUCAGUGAUUUCAUUCGAGAGUUAUGUGCCACAGGGCAUAUUGAUGCCACAGGUCAGUUGAUGCCGCAGGUCAACAGUUAAAAUGAAAGCACACUUGUGCUGGAGAAUCUGCUACCUGGGAACCAAAUGAAAUUGCAUGGAAUUGGAAGCUGUAAGUGGUACCUGCUGAGAGUAGCCUUGGAGUUUGAGCUGCCUUUACACUAGUCUAUAUAUGACCUCUUUUUUGGUCUCUUCUGGCCUGGCUUCCUCCAUCACCACCUUUGGCAUGGUUUGAAAUCAAGAGAAUGGGAAAUCAAACAUAAGGGUCCCUUCAAGGUCUGGCGGUUGCUCUGAUUUCCUCCACUUCACCAUUGCCUCUAAGAAUAUGUAGAAUCCUUCACUAUUGAAGCUUUGACAAACAGGAGAGAAUUUAUGCCUGAUAAUUUUUUUAUUCAAGAAGUAAGAUAACAAGUGAUAGGAGUGAGGGCAAUGAUGUCAGCAAGGUAAAUAAAGUCUAGAAUAGUUAAUACAGCUAAAAUUAUACUAGCGAUUUUAGAACAGGUAUUCUUAAACUGUCAAGCAGCUCAGUUUUUGAGUUAUCUGCUGAUACUAGACGUCUAGCUUUGUACUAAACCAGAUCCAUGUGAAUGGCUAACUCCUAGCUUAUUUUGUGGUUCUUUCCCAGCUCUCCCUGGUUGCCAAACCCUAUUGCUCUACCUCUAGGUCUCUCAUAUAUGCUCUUCCUAUUUUUUUUUUUUAAUUUCCCACAUUCCAAUUUUAGGUUUUAGUUCAUGCCUUUAAUUCAUGAUUGCAUGAUUGUUCCAGCUUCCUAUAUUACCUUAUAUUCCAUCUUUUUACUCACUUCUCCUUUUACUCAGUCUUGUGUACCACUAUUAAAUUAACAUCUUAUGGCAAAAGAUUCCCCAUAUUCAAGUGUACUUCUCACAAUAUAACCAAUUCCUCCUAACCUCAUGCUGAGAUUAAACAGGAUAAUAUCUGGAGAUAUUUAGAAUAACUCUUUUUUUUAAAAAAGAUUUUACUUAUUUAUUUGACAGAGAUCACAAGUAGGCAGA